GAGGCGACCAUCCCCAUGCCGUCCGUGCUGACUUCCCCGCUGCGCCCCGACCUCGUGCGCUACAUCCACACCGCCGUGUCGAAGAACAAGCGCCAGGCAUACGCCGUGACCCCCCGCGCCGGCUACGAGACCGCCGCAGAGUCUUGGGGCACCGGGCGCGCCGUGGCCCGCAUCCCCCGCGCCCCCGGCGGCGGCACUCACCGCGCGGGGCAGGCCGCGUUUGGCAACCAGGCGCGAGGCGGCGGCAUGUUCUGCCCCACGAAG